CUUGCGGUCACGCUGUCCCUAUUUCGACUUGUCUAAUACGCUGCGGGAUUUUUUUUUGCUCCUAUUACUACGUUUUUUUUUGUUGUCGUAAUUGUAAUUUGAUCGUCGUAUUGCAAAAUCCUUGCACAUUAACGAAAGACGAAAUCAUCAACAAGAACCUAACAAACGGGCAACGUGCAAACUCUGUAUUCAAGUUGGAAAGUGUGUCUUCCAAUUGCUCCCAAAUAAUAUGAAAAACUUUUUGCUUUCCUCUGUGUGUGCGUGUGUGUCGGUGUGUGUGAGUGAGGUGUCGGUGUGCGUGUGUUUGUGUGCGCUGCACAUAGAGCGCAGCGUUCGUUUUUCGUUUGAACUUUAAAAUACAAAAAAACGCAAGCAGCAAGUACAGUUAUAGCUUCAAUAUAACAAAACCACUAAGAAGAAUAAAUUAAACAAAUUUCGAAAAAAACGCAUGCAUUCGCAGCGAGCAAUUUGGAGCUCGAUUCGCGCUUUUUAAAAUCAACCAAAAAAAUAUUUUUUUAAAAAACUACUCUCAAAGUGUGAAUUUCGUGUUCAGUGCAAUCAAAAAACCCAAAAGAGCAGCGCAAGUUGCGCGAAAUACUUGCUACACAUUUUCCCAUCCAUUAUAUACAACGAAAAUCGGUAAAAAUCACACACACGCAUAAUACAUAUGUACACAUUGUUUGUUGUAUAUGUGCGUGCGUGUGUGUGUGAGCUCCGCGUUGCGUUUUUUGCGUUGAGAAUUCUAGCCGCCGAAGACGUGUGUGUGCGAGGCGAAAACAACAACAGCAAGAGAGGAGGUACAACAAAAACAGUUUCAACUAACACAAACAACAACAACCCACACACAGUCACAAUCGUCAUGUUGACACUCUUACGAGCUCGGGUUGCACUUGCAUAGAGAGAGAGAGAGAGAGAGUGACAGUGAGUGAGAGAGAGCUACCAACUCCACAUUGAUAUGGUGUAAUCACGCAUGUAACCGCACGACUAGCACAAGGACUAGGCACAGGACUCGGACUCGAACCCGGACCCGCAUCAGGACUACGAACAGUAGUGUAACUUCAGACCCCCAGAAUCACCCCCUUUGUCGGGGUAAGCGAAACCCAGGAGGACGAAGAUGCCGCGCUUUCGCAACGAGGAUUCGAUGCAAUCGCCGUAUCGCGAUGGCGACAUCGUUUGGGUCAAGAUACACAACUCGGAGAUUUGGUGGCCCGGCGAGGUGACUUCAGCGCAGGACUUUCGCUUCGCUAACUCGGCUCGCCGACCCUUUGCCGUCGUUGAGUUUUUCAAUGAGAAGACUUACGAGCAGGUGAGCUCGUCAAAGCUGAUAUAUCCCUUUCACUGCGCCCACAAGCGAGAGUUCAUCAAAUUAGGCACAAGACGAUCCGUUGCCCAGGACAUGAAGGAGAAGUUCAACGAGGAUGUGCGGCAAGCAGAAGGACGCUGUGCCGGAAAAAGCCCCGCAGCAGCAGUGACAACAACAACAACAACCGCUGCAGCUGCAGCUGCAACCUUGGCUGUGGCAGCAGCCUCCUUAGUGCCCAUUGCAUCGAUAUCGACAUCGACAUCGGCAGCAGCAGCUUCGUCAAUUGCCACAACUGAAGCCGGUGGCGGCGGCGGCGUAGCAUCGACAUCAGCAGCAGGAGCAGGAGCGGCGGCAGCUUCGCGACCAGAGAGCUUAAUCAAGGCGCUGUUGUCGAACAACAACAACAACAGCAACACCAACAACAAUGCGAACGUCAACGUCAACAGGGUCAACGCCAGCAGUCGCAACCGAGGCAGUCAGAGUCGCAGCAGCACCUCGAUGCCAUCCACGAUGAAUGACUCGUCGAUAAGGAUUAUGGAUAUCGGAGCGAAGGCUGCCGAGGGACGUCUGACGGAGCGGCUCUACGAGUGCAACAUGUGCGAGUUUCGCACGAGCAGCAUGAACGUGCUGCUCAUCCAUCGGCGCACGCACCAGGACCCCAACACCAACAGCAGCAGCAACAGCAGCGGCAGCAGCCUCAAUCGCCAUCAUCAGCAGCAGCAGCAGCAACCACAGCAGCAGCAGCAUCAUCCCCAUCAGCAACAGUUGCUGCAGCAGCGGGCGACGCGACGCGCCAACACAUCGUCGACGAGUCGGGAGGCGUGGUCAUCGCUGUGGCGCUGCCAGUCGCGUCAUGUGUCCAUACUGGUGGAUGCACCGCUCACCGAUGCGGAGCAGCGUCAGGUGGCGAACAUUGCCCAGCUGACGCUGGCGAGCAUUGAGCGUGUGGUGAAACCGCUGCGGGAACGCAAACGUCACAAGGAACGGGAUGGCGAUGUGGCUGAGGCUGAGGCAGAGGCAGAGGCUGAGGCUGACAAUGGCAGCGAGGAGGUUGCUGGCGACGAUGAUGAUGGCGAUGCAAAGGGAGACGAAGAAGAGGUUGAACCGAGGGAAGAACCGAGUGCGGAGCGUGAUCUCGAGCUUGUGGAGCAACAGCAGCAGCAAGAGAACGAAGCAACCAACGACAGCAACAACAGCAAUGCAAUGUUGCCGCUGCAACAGCGUCGCAACACCCAACAACAACAACAACAGCAGCAGCAACAACCACAACAACAACAAGAACAAAGUGCACGCAAUCCGCGACGCAAGCGGGGACAUCAGCUGCGAUCGACGAUGCCAGCGCCGCCAAUUCCAAUUUCAAUGACGCCGCCAGCGAAACAGCGGCGUCUGACACGCGCCGCCAGCCGUCUGCUGAGUGUGAGCAACAACAACAGCUCGCUGGACUCAUCCUCGCCUGCCGCUGUUUUGGCGCCGCCGCCAACGCCACAAAGACGCGGCGCCGGACGACGCUCGGCGGCUGCCAACAGACGCUGCACCAUGUUUGCCAGCUCAACGCUCAGCAACAACAGCAGCAGCAACAACACCAACAGCAAUGGCAUUGGUGGCAGCAGAGGCGGCAAACGCAGCAGCGUCAUGCGCAAGACCUUGACCAUGACAACAACAAGCAGCUCUACGUCUCCAAUCUCUGCGUUGCCGCAACGUGGUCGCAAACGCGCCUACUCCCCAACAGCAGCCACAAUAACGUUGGCCGAGGCGGCCACUGCAGAAACUGCAGUCGAAGCGGCGCCAGUCGAGGAGGAGGAGGAGCAGCAGCAGCUGACAGUUGCCGAGAAAGAGAAAGAGUCAAAGUCAAGAACAAAGUUGGAAGUGGAGUCGCAGUCGCAGUCACAGCCAGAAAAAGAACAGCAGCAACCGGAGACGGUGACAACAGCCAAGCUCUCGCUGGCGGAUGCUUCGCGUGAGCUGCAGCGCAGGUUGCUCGCCGAAUGGGGUGAAGAUGAGCUGGAAGAGGAGGAAGAGGAGCAACAGCUGAAGCAACAGCAGCUACAGUCUGUGCAGGCGCAGAGCAAUGGACAACAGGAGACGACAAAGUCCGAGCAAUCCACAAAAGCAACAGCAACAGCAACGACCAAAGCAGCAACAGUUGCUGCUGCUGCUGCUGGCGAUGAUGAUCAUGUGGAGCAGGUGGAAAAGAAGCAGCGACUGCAGGAACAGCAGACCCCGAACAAUAUCACAGCUGCUGCUGCUGUCGCCUCCAACGCGGCUGCGGCUUCGACUUCGACUUUGACUUCGAGUUUGACUUCCACCUCAAAGAAGCGCAUACGCAACAUACCAAAGAAGGAUCGACGCGAUGUGGUGCGUCAGGAGUUUGAUGUGGGCGCCGUAAGUGAACACGAUCGGGAACCCGAAGAACCCAUUCUCAUACAGGACAGCUCCAACGAUGCCAGCUCCAACGAGAGCGUCGUCUUUGUCGACUCCGCCGAGGAGCCAGACUUGGGACUGUCCCAAGUCAAGACUGGAAGUGCAGCCACCACAGCUGCAAGCGUUGCUGCAAAUGCUGCUAGUGGCAAACACAACAAUUCCUCGUCGUGCUUCGACUUUGCCGAGGAGGAGGACGAGGAGCCGCCUCUGCAGCCGGACGCUGCGCCAGCGGACGGACAGAACGGCGGCGGUUUGAGCUACAGGCGACGCACCAAACCGCAACCAACGCAUGUGAUGAUGGCGAAUGGCGAGCGACAGCAGCAGCAGGAGGAGGAGGAGGAGACGACGACCGAGAAUGAUUCGUCGUUCAACAAGUCAACCGAUGAGAUUUUCAAGGGCUUCAACGAGGAGUCCGAGGUGGCCCCAGCUGCGCCAGCUGCCGAGGCGGAACUGGAGACAACCGCACAACUACAGCAGCAGCAGCAGGAUGGAUCCGUUGUGGAUGCGUUGGCGGAAGUACUGGAGACGGAGGCGGUGGAGGCGGAGGAUCAACUGAGUUUGCCCAUCAAGGAGCGACAGAAACGCAUCUUCAAGUCGCGCAACAAAUCACAGCAAGCGGCAACAGCAGCGAUGACGACGCCGCCGACGCUGACGCCCGACGAUGAACAACCCGACGAAGACGAUGAUGAGGCGGAAGCGGAAGCCAAUGGCAAUCAACCGAUGCAGCCAACGAUGGCAGCAGCCAAUGGCGAUGGCAACAGCAGCAAUCAUAGUCAGCAGAACUUGAAUCACAACAAUGUGGCUCACACCAACAACAACAACAACAAUACGAACAAGUUACUCUUGCAAACGGAGCAAACGGAGUUGGAAUCGCAACGUCAUCGUCGUCGUCACAAGACCAAGUCGGGUGGCUCCACAUCGAACUCAUCGAAGUCGCGACGUGCCAAGUCCAAGUCCAAGUCGAAAUCCAAAUCAAAAUCGAAAUCAUCUAAGUCAUUAGUUGUUGAGGAGGUCAACAACUCGAACUCCAACUCCAACUCGAAUUCGAAUUCACAGCUCAGCGGACUCGCCUCGCCAGCUCUGAGCAGCAGCGCCAGCAACAGCACCACGACCACGCAGAGCAGCAGCAGCAGCAGCAGCAGUGGCAGUGGCAGUGGCAGUAGCAGCAUCGCCAGCAGCGGCACCAACAGCAGCUCCAUAGUCUCCAACAUGGCUGUUAUCUCAGCGGAAGAGGCACGCGAACUUCAGCGUUCAGCGCCAGCCUUAACCGAAGAUGGCGAUGGCGAAGGGGAAGCAGAAGUGGAAGUGGAAGCGGACUUGGAAGUGGAAGUGGAAGGUGUUCCUGAUGUGCUGGCCACGCAGUCGAGAAUUAUCAUACUGGAGGACAUCAGGUUGCCCAAUCUGUACUCGUUGCCGGCGAGCAGCUUGUCAACGGACAACAGCAGCAAUCAGAGUCAGCUGUUGAAUAGGGACAGCAACCCGUUGGAAGAAGAGAAAGAUGAACAGAAAGUGACAUUCGCUGACGGAGAAGAACUUCCGGGAACUUCCGGGACCAGCAGCAGCAGCUGGAAUUAUCGUCGGGAGCUGAAGCUGAAGAAGCGCGAACAGGAACUGUUGCGUCAGUAUGAGGAGGAUUUGAAGAGCGGACGCAGUGCGGAAAAGGCACGCAAGGCACGCGAACGCUGGACGCGACCGAAUCGCAGCAGUCGCAACAACAAUCAUCUCGAUGCGGAGGAUAUGGCGCUGCUCGGACAAAUCGUCGAGCUGACGACACCAACAUGCAGGGGCGGCGUCGGCGUCGGCGGUAGGAAGCGUGCAAACAGCUUACUACCCAUAGAGAAUGCCGCAAAUCGACGCGCGCCACGACAUCAGGCAUCGAAUAAAUCGUGUGAAGCGUUUGUCACACUGCGGGACGAGGAUGUGGCCAGAGCCAGGGAGCAGUUGGUGCAGUUGCAGCAGCUAAAGCAACGACGUACUGAGGAGGCCGAGAAGUUGGAGCGGGAAAGGGAGAGGGAAAGAGAAAGAGAAAGGGAGCGGGAGCUGGAGAGGGAGAAAGAGAGGGAGCUGGAGAGGGAGAGGGAGCAAGAGCUGCAAUUGGAAGCAGAGCUCGAGCAGGAAGUGGAGGAAGCUCAGGCGGACAUGGUGCUGGAGUUGGAGCAAGAAUUGGUGCUCGAUCAAAUGCACGAUCAAGUGGAGGAGCACGAACCUGAAGAGGAAGAGCACGAUGACGAGGAGGAGGAGGAGGAAGAGGAGGAGGAACAUGAGCAUGAGCUCGAGCAGCAACCUUUGCAGCCUUUGCAGGACAGUGGGGAGCUGCAGUUGCGAGAGCUGCAACUGGAACAGUUGACGCCAACAACACCGUCACCGCCAUCGCAACAGCAAACCCCGACGCCGACGCUCUUGUCACCCGCCGGUGCGGUUCCCGCUUCGGUGGCGGAGGAACUGCAGCUCGAUCAGCUAGCCGCGGAGGAAGAAGAGGAGGAGGAGGAUGAGCAGCAGCAGCAGCAUCCUCUUCAGCAUCCGCAUCAGCAGCUGGAGCUGGAGCAACAGGAACAGGAGGAAGCCAUGGACGAGGCCAUGUCCGAGCUGGAGCUGAAAGACUCGGGGCAGGAAUCGAAUACGGAUCCGCGAAUUUGUGCCGUAAUGACGCAUCCGAUACCCGGGUAUAGCAACACCUUUAUGCUGUGCUCCCUCACCAACAACAACAACUUUACGCCGCUGAACAACGAAGCGCUCUACCUGGACAGCGAGAAUCAUCUGGUCCCUGUGCCCCUAGAGGCAUUGACCGAAUCACCGCGUCUCCCCGAUGCCCAUCCCUUGUCCGCUGUCUUUAUGAUCGAGGGCGAGGCCGUAGCUCAGGUUGUGCAGCCGGAAUCGGCGCACGGAUCACAGCAGCAAAGCGACGAAGAGGAGGAGGAGGACGACGAAGAGGAGGAGGAGCAGGUAGAACAGAUGGAGCAACAACAGCAGCAGCAGCAGGUGCUAGAAGUGCAGCAUGCGGCAAUUGUGUUGCCACCGGAUCAAGUCGGUGAUCAGGUGGAAAUGCUGGGCACCAUGACACCGCUCAGUCAGGUGGCCGAAGCAGCGCCCGAUUAUGCCAUCUCGAUGGCAACGCAAAGGCAGGAGAACAACACCGCAGCCAACGAUGAUGAUGAUGGGAAUGGGGAUGGGGAUGGGGAUGAGGAGGACGGUGAUGAGGAGGAGAUGACGCCACAGGAGGUGUAUCAGCUGCAAUCGAAUGUGCUGCAGCUGAGCGUGAACGGACACCACCUGGAGCUAACCACCGAGGUGCUGCUGAACAUUGCCGAGCAACAGGACGACAUCGUUAUCGAGAUCGAUGGCGGCGGCCGGGCGAUGCUCCAUGCCAGCGACAUACUGCAGGCGGCCAAGAACUAUCUGCAGGAACGGGAUCUGCAGCUGGUCAACGUCGAGGAUAUGUCGCUCGACGAUGACGAUGUCGUCGAUGCUGUCGAUGCUGUCGGAGGUGGAGGUGGAGGUGCGCCAGCAACGGAUCUGCUUGCUGAGGCCCUCGCUGGCAGCGAUGUGGUCGAUGUCGUUGAUGUGGCCAACGCGGGCGUUGGACUGCUUCACAUUGAUACGCGACAACAGCAGCAGCAGCAGCUGGUCACUGGCGGAGGAGCAAGUAUCGAUGGGGGGGUUGGUGCUCCCCAUCCACAUCCACAGCCACCACCACCACCGAGCAUGGACUUCAUUCAUCAUCAUCAUCAGGCGGUGGUCAAUGCCCAUCUGACGCCACCGAUCACCGCACGCACCAACGAAACGAAUGCGCUGCUCGAUCAGACACCGAUCAUGUCAACCCUGGAGAAUCCCAGCGCUCCAGGCCUCCAAUUGCGUCGCGUCUCGCCGCUGGCCGAGGGCAACAACCUCGACGACAGUCUGGCCGUCAUCGGUGUGACCAACGGCGGCAAUAGCGGUGUGCCCACCUCCCUCGAACUUCCCAUCACGGUGACCAAUCCGGCCAUUGCUCCACGUCCGCCCGGGGUCAACGACCUGGUCAAGUUUGUGCCCUUCCAGUAGACGGAGACGGAGACGGAGACGGGGAAACCAGAAACCAGAACCCUAGGAAUAAUACACCUUUAGCUAUAUUUGCAACUUGUAAUUGCUUCUUUUUUUUUCUUUUUUUU